AUGAAAGAGAAACAGCUGGGGUCGACACAGAGGGAAUUCCAGCAGAGAAUCCAGGAAAGAGAGAAGGAGCUGCAGGAUCUGAGACAGGCUGUGGAGUCACUCACGCGCUCUGCACAGGCAGCAGUGGAGGACAGUGAGAGGAUCUUUACUGAGCUGAUCCGCUACAUUAAGAGAAGGCGUUCUGAGGUGAAAGAGCUGAUCAGAGAUCAGGAGAGCGCUGCAGUGAGUCAGGCUGAAAGACUCCUGAAGCAACUGGAGCAGGAGAUUGCUGAGCUGAGGAGGAGAGACGCUGAGCUGGAGCAUAUCUCAUACACGAGUGAUCACAUCCAUUUCCUGCAGAAUUUCCGGUCCUUCUGUGCUCCUCCUGGACCUGGAGACUUACCCACCGUCACUGUCAAUCCACACUUCUCUUUAGAAGCUGUGAGGAAAUCUGUCUCUGAACUGAAAGAACAACUGGAAGACAUCUGCGAGGGGGAAUUAUUCAGGAUCUCUCAGACAGUGAAAGAAGUGAAUGUGUUACUGAUUCCACAACCCGAGACCAGAGGUGACUUCUUAGCAUAUUACUGCCACCUUACCCUGGACCCCAACACAGCGCACAGAGAACAUGUUCUGUCCCCAGGGAACAGAGAGGUGACACGGGCUGAAGUUUCCCAUGGGUCUCCGGAUCAUCAUGAAAGAUUUGAUUACUGGGGCCAAGUGCUGUGCAGAGAGGGUCUGUCUGGACGCUGUUACUGGGAGGUUGAGUGGAGUGGGAAGCAGGUUUAUAUAGCAGUCUCGUAUAAAGUGAUAUGCAGGGGAGGUUUAGGUGAUGAAUCUCUCCUUGGACACAAUAAAAAUUCCUGGAGUUUGGACUGCUCUCCUGCCAAAUUCUACUUCAGGCAUGCUAAUGAGCAUACUUUCAUCCCUGUCCCCCCCUCCUCCAGAAUAGGAGUGUACCUGGAUCACAGGGCAGGAACUCUGUCCUUCUACAGCGUCUCUGACACAAUGACCCUCCUCCACAGAGUCCAGACCAAAUUCACUCAGCCCCUCUAUGCUGGGUUUAGAGUAAAGAAAAAAUCUUCAUUAAAACUGUGUCCUCUGGGUGAAUAGAAAAGACAAAAAUCAGCUUAAUUUAAAACUAAGAGGAUCCAGGUUAAAUAAGAAAUAUCAGGUUUUAGAAAAUGUAACCAAUCACUUCUUGCUGCGGACAUCAGUCUGUUUUGAUCAGUCUACAAAAAUCAAUAUUAAUAUGCUUUAAUGGUGAUUGAAAAUAAUAAUGGGGUUGAAAAUAAUAAUGUGUUUCAGCUGACAGGGAGUAAAUGUUGUUCGCUGUCAUUUAAUAUGACACAACCUGGCUGACAUAUAUUAACA